AUGUCUGUAAUAGGGAUACCUAGAAUUAGAAUGUAUUGGGAGAGGUAUACUAGAAUAGAUUUAAUUUGUAGAAAUAUGACCAGAGAUAGGUACUUCAAAAUUAGAAGCAAUCUGAAAGUUGUUGAUGACAAUAUGAUUACUGUAGCUUCAAGAAAGUGUGAUAGAUUAUGGAAGAUAAGGCCAAUUUUGGACAGUGUUCGCUCAAGAUGUUUAGAGUUACCUAGACCAGGUAAAGUAAGCGUAGAUGAGUCCAUGAUACCUUUUCGGGGUAAGUGUAGUCUGAGACAGCAUGUGCCAGGUAAGCCUAAUCCAGAUGGUUUGAAAUGCUUUGUUUUAGCUUCUCCUAAUGGCACUGUUUUAGAUUUUGAGAUAUUUACAGGUAAAGAACCUCUCACUGAAAUCGUUAGGGAACAUGGUGUGUUGCCAGACAGGAACGUUGGUAUUGGAGAAGCUGCUGUUCUGAGGUUUGUCAGAAGCGUUGAUCCUGGAACUAUCAUGUACUUCGAUAGAUAUUUCACAUCUCCAGCCUUACUUUUAGAGCUGAUCAAGCAUAACUUACUAUGGUACAGGUACUAUAAAAAGAACAUGCUUCCUAAGGGUGCCAAACUCAAGUCUGAGAAAGAGAUGGCAAAACUAGGUAGAGGAGCUACCUACAACCAAGUGAGAUCUGAUGGUGCCUAUGCCAUAACACAGUGGCAUGAUAAGAAAGUAGUUCUCAUGGCUUCUACUAUCCAUUCAACUGAACCUCAAGAUGAAUGCAAGAGGUGGUCUAAAAAGGAAAAUAAGCACAUAAAGGUGAACAGACCUGCAGCAGUUAGGGAGUAUAAUGUUGCUAUGGGAGGAGUUGAUGUUCAUGAUCAGAUAUUAUCUUACUAUAGGAGUUCUUCUAAGACAAAUAAGUGGACGGUCCGCUGCAUUCUACACUUUCUUGAUGUAGCAACAAGUAAUGCCUGGAUGGAAUACAAAGUCAGCUGUGGUGAACUUAAGAAGUAUCUAGAUUUUAAAAUGUCACUAGCUAUUCAGUUAAUUGAUGGUGCCCUUUGGUCAAAUGCAGGUCAACAGCAGGGCCCAAGUGAUAAUCAUGAUGAAGAGGAUGAACCAAAUUGUUCAGCUGAGAUGCCAGUGGAAAAACGCCAGAGGUCACAGCCACUCCCCAGCAAAGAUUUCAGAACCAAUGAAGCCAAGCACAUGCCACUUGCACUUCCACCCAACUCAGAGUUCAAAAGGUGCAGAAAUCCUGGGUGUAUGGAAAAAUGUAGAAUUAUGUGUUCCUCCUGUGAAGUAUUUUUGUGCUUAACUUCAGGAAGAAAUUGUUUCAUUGCAUUUCACUCCCCUUAGUAGUGUUUCAGCAUGUUUUCUUGUUCUUUAUUAUGAAUGUUUGAUACAUCCCUAAUUGUAUUCAAUAUAUUUUUCAGGUUUAUAUUUUCCUGAAUUCGUUCUCUCCAGUAAUCAAACUCAAGAGUUCAAACGAAUCAGUAAUCAUAAUUGAUGGAGAAAUGUAGAAUUGUAUGAUUCUCUUGUGAAGUAUUUUUGUGGUGAAUGUUUGCCACUGAGUAAGGUUUCAACAGAUUUC